AUGGGCUCUAUGUCCGUUCGGUCGCUAUGUACCAACCUGCUAGCUAUUGCAGCAACCGCGAGUGUAGUAUCAUCUACUAUCAUACCCGGGAGAUUCUUAGUUGAGUUUCAAGACAAUGCUAAUCAUGAUCACUUCUCCAGCCAUUUGAAAAGAGAUGGAAUCCAAGCAACCCCAAUCCUAAAGACAGAGAGCGAGCUCUUUAGAGCGGCGUCUUACAAAUUUGAAGCAGGAGCCCUGGGCGAAGAUCCACUCAGCGAGCUCGCCAAGAUACCCUCAGUCAAGAACGUUUGGCCAAUCGAGGAAAUCCAAAAGCCGAAAGACAAGGUCAUCUGGCAAGGAAACGGCAACGGCAACCUGCCAGCAGAAGUAGAAGCUCGUGUCGCAAAUGCAAAGGCCGGAGGGUUCGCACCUCACGUCAUGACGCAAGUCGACAUGCUCCACGCGGAGAACAUCACGGGAAAAGGUAUUAAAGUUGGUAUCAUUGAUGGCGGAAUCGACUACCUUCAUCCUGCCCUUGGGGGUGGCUUCGGUCCGGGUUAUCUCGUAGCUCGUGGAUACGACUUCGUUGGUGACGACUACCAAUCUGGCAAUGAUGAAAAGCCUGAUGACGACCCAUACGAGACCUGCGAUGGCCAUGGAACUCAUGUCGCUGGCAUCAUAGCGGCGCAAGAGAACGAGCUUGGCUUCAUUGGUGCCACGCCUGGUGUCGAGCUCGGCGCGUAUCGUGUUUUUAGCUGUGCGGGCGGUACGAGGACGGAUAUCAUUGCUGCGGGUGUGAACCGAGCCUUUGAAGAUGGAAACAACAUCAUCACCGCCUCUUUCAGCGAAGAAAGUGGUUGGUCUGAGACUUUGAUGGCAGUCCUUGCUGAUCGGCUAUCUGAGAAGGGUGUCAUCUUCACUUUUGCCAAUGGCAACGACGGGACUCAUGGGCCGUUCAAUGUAGGACAGCCAGCAACAAGCCAUGAGGGCUUGGGCGUUGGUUCUACUGAGACGGAUGAAGUUCCUCGUGUCUUCGUCGACGCAACCUAUUCUAUCGCCAACGGGACCUCGAAGACCUUCGGAUGGAGACCGGGAAAACCUUCAAACUGGGGCAAUGUUACCAUGCCACUAGUUAUCGCCGAUAAAAUAGUGUGCGGGGACGAAACUGGUGUCGGCAACCUCACCGGAUCAGUCGUCUUGGUUAAGAGCACACCCAACUGCGCCGAUUGGGGCGUCGUUCGGACUGCGACUUUGACUGGCUCGAAGCACGUUUUAAUCUAUAAUCCUGACGGAAAGGAUGCGAACUUUCUCGAUGCCACUCCUCGACCAGAUGACCCUGAGCUGCUCGGCGUAGGAACCAUUCCUGUAGAUGUAGCAGAACAGCUAUAUGCCGCUGCAGCCAUUGGAAACGUCACUAUCAAGAUCACCGAUCCGAAUUACACCAAAGAGUAUGUCGACGCGGUGCCCAACGAUGUAGGCGGCACAAUGAGCACUUUCAGCAACUGGGGGCCCACGUUCGAACUGGACAUCAAGCCCGACAUCUCGGCACCAGGUGGCACGAUUCUGUCCGUCUAUCCCGAAGAGAAGGGAAAAUAUGCCGUGAUUUCAGGAACUUCGAUGUCGACGCCUUUGGUAGCAAGCAUCAUCGCCUUGAUCAUGGAGGCACGGGGCAAGCCAAGCGUGGCAGAGAUCCGAAAUCUACUCAGCAGUACCGCGAAGCCAAUCCAGUGGUCUAAGAAUGGAGCGAAGGAGCCUGUUCUGGCUCCGAUCAUACAGCAGGGUGGUGGCCUUGUGCAGGCGUACAAUGCCGCUCGUUCGAGUACUUUGGUCAGUGUUUCGAAGUUCAAUCUCAAUGACACUGCAAACUUCGAUGGAUCCCGCGAAUUCACCAUCAAAAACGUUGGCGAGAAGGACAUAACGUACACAAUCUCUCACGAAGGCGCAGUCGCAUUCAACACCUUCAACGACGGAAGAAACCCAUCUGAAGCUGCCGAACUCAACACCUUCGUCGCCAACGCAAGCGUCUCCCUAUCCUCCACGGACAUCACCAUAAGCGCCGGCUCCGAGGCGAAGAUUUCUGUGGAAUUUGAUCCACCCGCAGGCUUAGAUGCAGAGCAGCUCCCAGUCUACUCAGGCUUCAUCAAAAUCUCCGGCACCAACGGCGACGCCCUUAGUAUCCCGUACAUGGGCGUCGCAACCGACAUGCGCUCUGUACCCAUCUUCGAGACAACCUACUCCGCCACCAGCAACAGCGAGUCAAUCCCAAUCGAGCCAGGAUAUGAAUUCGUGAUGUCCGAGAGCGAAGAGGACUGGGACAAGUUCCACUAUCCCAACUGGUUUGGUCCGCUGUCCUUCGGGACAGCGUACCUUGACGUUCAGAUCUGGUCCGUCGAUGUUGGUAACGGCACGGCGGAGGGAUCGAACGAAACGACGCCCGGGAGGAAUUUGGGAAGUUUGCAGGGUUUUCCCUGGGAGUACAAGCAGCGCGGUAUAGCGAUCUGGGGUAGCUUUACUGGGACCACGGGGGAUGGGACGAGGGUGCCUGAGGGUAACUACACGAUCAUUACAAGGGGAUUAAAGAUAUUUGGAGAUAGGGAGGUCGAGGAUGAUUGGGUGGUUGUGAAGUCCCCACCGUUUGGUCUCAAGUAUGUGUAG